UGUUCUCAUGUAAAUAUAAAUGUAACAAAUAAAAAAUCUUAACACAUGGCAUGGCUUGCAUGGCUCGCACUGGCUCGCCCUUUGGCUCGCAUGGCUCGCUGGCUCGCAGGUUUAUAAAACUCGUGAAAGUCUGCACUCUGGUUAGCCUGAAUAUCACCCAGGUUAGCCUAAAUGACACUCCAUUUAGCCUGUUUACAGUAGCUCUCAAUGAUGGAAAUGGUAACACAUGUCUACAGUCUGCAGUCUGCAUUUUCCCAUCAGUCUUUUUUUAUUUCCAGUCUGCAGUCUGCAGUCCACAGUCUAGGUUUUACACUGACUGAUUAGAGUGCACGUGAGGCCAAGGGUGAGGAAUAGCUCAAAAUGAUGAUUACUCUGAUAUCAAUGGUUCUUGUUGGUGUAUGUAUAAGGUAGAAGAAUUAAAUGUCUAAAGAAUGGUCUUCCUGGUUUUUCAGUGGAGACGUGUUUGUUGGUAGAAAAGGAAAGGACAAGAAUCCACACAACAUGAAUAUGUUUGGACAUUUUAUAGUCAAAGCUGUAUUUUUACAGCUCAUUGAAGACUACAAGAUAGACAGCUCAGACACCAAGAUUCUGUUUGGUGGAGCAUCUUCUGGUGGGCUGGGCAUGUUGGCAAAUAUUGACUUUAUUCAAGAGCUUGUAAAACAUGCUGAGAUUCGAGGAUAUAACGACGGUGGAUGGUUUACUUUGUAUCCUAACUUUGGUGAAACAGCUAACGCAGGGCCGCCAUAUUUCUUUAAAGUAUUAAGCUACAUGUUUCAUGAGUUGUGGGAUGGAUUUGUUGAUGAAUCAUGUCGGGCAAACAUGCCCAAGGCAGAAGCUUGUCUGUAUGGAGAAUUAGUUUUCAAACACCUGUCUGCCCCAGUGUACGUGUUUGUGGCCCAGUGGGACUCGUACCAAUUACAAGAACUUGUCCAUUCCAAAUUUCCCACAAUGAGACUUCCACCGGAACUACCGAGUGAAGCUGAAUACCUGGGCAAGUUUGGGAAGAACACGCACAGGUCGCUGAGACGGGUUAUCAACAGCCAGAAGGAUGGUGUUUUUUCACCCGCCUGUUUCAUGCACGCAUUCUCUAGCGACAAUCUUACUAACACGGACCAGACAUUGAGUUGUGAAAUAGGAGGAAAGACACCGUACAAAGCCUUUUCAGAAUGGUUUAUCAGCAAUGGCACACGUGGGACCUAUGUAGAGGAGCCGCUGGACAAACCAGAAUGCAACCCGUCUUGUUGUUCAAAGCUUUGCUUAAAGUGCCGCAAACCUAAACCCACUGUAGCAUACGAUGAAACCACAGAUAUCAUUAUUGGAAAUAGUGCAGUUCGUUGGCAGCAACCAACUCUCAUAACAUGGGCUUUGGCUUUUUUAGUUUACUUCUUCGUCUUCUGGAAAGACGUAGUUCUUUUGUAAGGCCCCAUUAUAAAGCCUGUU